GGCAGCUUCCCUCUUCCUCUUGGUUUGCUACAGCACUAGACUUCCUCUUCGUGUUCCAUGAGAUCUUUCCCUGUUCAACUCCUGAAGAGAUUUCCCUCUCAUUUGUCUGGCAGGUAACUUCGGAACAAGUUCUGCGAAGAACGCCUUGUGAGAGCUUGGCCUGAGGAGUGCUGUAAGUUCAAAGUGACUUCAAGGCACACAGCAAUGACAACAAGAAAAAAUAAGUACUAGACAAAUAUAUUUGAAGCUACAUUCCUGUGCAGUUAAGGGAGGAAAUAAGAUUUUGCUUUAGAAAGAGAGGCUUGGGAAACCAAGCAGAAGGCUACAGCAAUACAAAAACUGCUGUUCAGGAGGUUAUAUCUGUGAACCCCUGGCAUCAUAUUUGAAUUAUAAAUGUGAAAGAAUGGCAAGCACUCUACCUCCCUAUCCUAGAUCAGACACAGGGGAGAACUUACAUCAGUGUAUGGAGUGUGGAAAACAAUUUGAUAGGAAAAGUAAUCUUACUGUACAUGAACGGACCCACACAGGGGCGAAGCCAUAUAAAUGCAUGGAAUGUGGAGAAAGCUUCAGUCAGAAUGGCGCUCUACGGUCCCAUCAAAGGAUGCACACAGGGGAGAAGCCAUAUCAAUGUAUGGAAUGUGGAAAAUGCUUCAGUCGGAGUGACAAUCUACGUUCCCAUCAAAGGAUCCACACAGGGGAGAAGCCACAUAUAUGCAUGGAAUGUGGAAAAUGCUUCAAUCACAGUGGCAAUCUACGUUCCCAUCAAAGGACCCACACAGGGGAGAAGCCAUAUAAAUGCAUGGAAUGUGGAGAAAGCUUCAGUAAGAGUGGCACUCUACGUUCCCAUCAAAGCACCCACACAGGGAAGAAGCCAUAUAAAUGCAUGGAAUGUGGAAAGAGCUUCAGUUACAGUAGCACUCUACAUUCCCAUCAAAGGAUCCACACAGGGGAGAAGCCAUAUAAAUGCAUGGAAUGUGGAGAAAGCUUCAGUAAGAGUGGCAAUCUACGUUCCCAUCAAAGGAUACACACAGGGGAGAAGCCAUAUAAAUGCAUGGAAUGUGGAAAGAGCUUCAGUGACAGUAGCACUCUACGUUCCCAUCAAAGGAUCCACACAGGAGAGAAGCCAUAUAAAUGCAUGGAAUGUGGAGAAAGCUUCAGUCAGAGUGGCAAUCUACGUUCCCAUCAAAGGACCCACACAGGGGAGAAGCCAUAUAAAUGCAUGGAAUGUGGAGAAAGCUUCAGUCAGAGUGGCAGUCUAUGGUCCCAUCAAAGGAAGCACACAGGGGAGAAGCCACAUAAAUGCGUGGAAUGUGGAGAAAGCUUCAGUUGUAGAAAUAGUCUGUGUUCUCAUCAAAGGAAGCACACAGGGGAGAAGCCAUAUAAAUGUAUGGAAUGUGGAGAAAGCUUCAGUCAGAGUGGCAGUCUACGUAGACAUCAAAGGAGUCAUACAGGGGAGAAGCCAUAUAAAUGUAUGGAAUGUGGUAAGAGCUUCAGUGAGCGUGGCACUCUACGGUCCCAUCAACGGAUCCACACAGGGGAGAAGCCAUAUAAAUGUAUGGAAUGUGGAAAGAGCUUCAGUGAGAGUGGACAUCUGCAUACCCAUCAAAGGACCCACACAGGGGAGAAACCACAUAAAUGCAUGGAAUGUGGAAAGAGCUUCAGUCACAGUGGCACUCUACGGUCCCAUCAACGGAUUCACACAGGGGAGAAGCCGUAUAAAUGUAUGGAAUGUGGAGAAAGCUUCAGUCAGAGUGGACAUUUCCGUUCCCACCAAAUGACUCACACAGUACAGAAGCCAUAGAAGUGCAUAGAAUGUGGAGAAAGUUUCAGUCAGAGUAACCAACCUGAUUCCUUCCAAAUCUAUCUACAUUGCUUUCAAAGGAGCCACAUAAUAGAGAAGCCAUAUAAAUGCACGGAAUGUGGGAAGAGCUUUAGAUAAUGUUCAGCAUACAAUAAACAUCACGGAACUCAUGCGCCGCUAGAGGAGACCUGCCUUUCAGUUUCUGAGCUCUCUUUCAAAAAAUAUUGGAAGGAAAGAGGAAGGCUGGCACCUGGCUCUCUCUCUCUCUCUCUACCAUGAAAUACAGUUUGUGUGGCCUUGGUCGGCGGCUACUGGGAGCAGGUCUCACUCAGAAGAGGAUUUUUCUCCGCAUUGCAGCAAGCUCCGAAGGGGUUCCCCUCGCCUCCUCCAUAAGAAACCCGUCACAGGCUUCUAGGGUGAUCUGUGGAGGUUUGCUGAAAGGAGCAGCAGCUGAGAUCUCUGGAUAAAAGGGUUCUGAAAAAGAAGAGCUCUUUGGUAGCAGAGAAGGUCAUCUCUUCAUACCCUCGUCUCCCGUCUUGGCUCUGUUGCCCCUCUGUUAGAAUUUUGGGCUCCAGCCAUGUACCUGUCACCCUUUUCUGGACUUCGUUGUAUCCUGAACAGUUGAUUAUAAAUUCUGGACUGUCUUCUGGUUGAGAACUCACAGCAUGUUGCGAAUGAGAACUUAUUGCUUAAUGUUUGUUAUAGAUGUUUUUCUUGAUUGAAUAAUUGAUGUUUAUAUAGAUUUUGCCCAUGGUGUUGAGACAAUAAUAAUCUUAUUGUAUGUAAUAUAUGCAUUGUGUAAUUUAGUGUUAUAAUUGAUUGAGUGAUUGAACAACUUAACACAUUGAUACAUAGAUAUUGGUUGUUUUUUACUGUUUAAUGGCCAAGGGUCCAUGAGGAGACACAGCACAUCUCCCUAACUGCAGAGAAUGGAAGACAAAGAAUGUAGUACUUUUUAAUAAAAGUACCAAAAUUAUAAUUUGUGUAAAGAACAUUAAAGACCAAAUUUGUAAUUUGUAUCAA